GGACCAACCGCUUAGCCCCUCGGACUCUGUGCGGUCCCCCCGGAAAGGGUCCCGACUCCCAGGCAGCACAGGCCGCAGCACGUGAAGGAAGGAAAGGGGACAAGGACAUUGCAGCUGUGUCAAACUCUUCCCUUAUCUCCGUUUCGGUGUUACUCCUUUGUAAAGUUUCCGUCCGUUGCCUUGGGCCAGGGCUUGCACAGUUCCGCCCGUGCGUUGUGGAGCCUGGUGUCAGAAUCCCUGCUUUGCGGGCAGGCGCUUCGACUGAGGCUGUUGCCGGUGCAGGAGCGAACGGACUCUGCCCCUUCAGCUCCAGAGGCUUCCAUUUCCUCCCUCCGUCCAGGGGCUGCUGAUCCUCUCUUCAUCCCAAGGGCCAAAUUGCACUUCAGAGAAGCCCUGGGAGGCCACAUUCCGGCGGAGGGCGGGACAAAGGGGAAAGGGGCGGGGUCUGUUUGGACUGACGUCGCCUGUGGCCAGUCAAGAAGCCCUCGGAGCAGUGGGCCUGUGUUUCAACAUGGGGAAAACGGCACAAAGGUUGAGAAAAUCCCAACCAGUCGCCGGUUUGGGAGAAAGAGAGGGGCCUGGGGAAGGAGCGUGGCCCUCUGGGUCGGAAGGGGACCCCAGGAGAGCUGGGUAUGCCCUAAAGACCAGGGGUUCACCCUCUGGAACGCGGUUCUUCACUCUUUCCUGUAGGAGACAAGAAAGUUCAUGCACAGGACACCAUCAGCUCAGGUUGAACUCCGUGGCCCGGAGUACUUGUACAGUCACGCACGCAACACCUUUGGAGAACUGUUUGUUUCACUGAUUUCAAAGUACUUACAGGCCGCUCUCCCCUUAAAAGAAUGCGUUGGCCUACAGUAAAUCCUUACGAAAGCACAAUUACGCUCGCACAAGAUAAGAACUGGGGAAAGCCAAGGUAAAGAAGCACAACUUUACACACCAGCCCGAACACAAUUUGCGUACAGCGGCGCCUCACGCUUCAAACGUCCCCGAGUUUGAUUGUUCCAGAGUUCGAACGCUAAAAUCUAGAGAAGAUUGUUCCAAAGGCCGAACGAUGCUUCUCAGUUCGAACUGCAGGCGCAGUGAAAAAGCCGCGCUUGCUGCGGAAGUGUUGUCUGUUGUGCCGCCAGGUCGCCUCUCGUUGGGGAAGGAUCUCUUGCUCUCUCACUGCGUGUCCGUUCAGUCAUUUUCAGUGCCUUUUUGUAAACCCCUCCAUAUUACCCACGGCAUCCAGAAAGCGUGUGGAAGCAACGAAGCCCAAGAGGAAGGUUGUAAUCUCGACGAUUGAGGUGAAAAAGGAACUCAUCGCGAAGCAUGAGAGCGGCGUGCGUGUAGCCGAUCUGGCGGCCAUGUUUAAGAUGCCGAAGUCGACGGUGUGCACCAUUCUUAGGAACAAGGAAGCGAUAAAGGCAGCAGACGUGGCUAAAGGUGUGACGACGUUGACUUCCAGGAGAUCACAUGCGAUUGAGGAGAUGGAGAAACUUCUCCUGGUGUGGAUAAACGAGAAGCAAUUGGCUGGUGAUUCCAUUUCCAAGACGACUGUUUGUGAGAAGGCGAAGCAGCUGUAUAGUGACCUUCGGGAACGUGCGCCUGGGACCAGUGCCGAAAGUGAGGAGUUUAAAGCAAGUAGGGGGUGGCUUGCCAAAUUUCGGAAAAGAACCGGCAUCCAUAGUGUGGUCAUGCACAGGGAGCCUGCGGGUGCUCGUGUGGGGGAAGCUGCAAAGUUUGUGAAAACCUUCCAGCAGUUUGUUGACCGCGAGGGUUUUGUGGCCCAGCAAGUGUUCAACUGUGACGAGAUGGGCCUCUUCUGGAAGAGGAUGCCCAGGCGGACCUACAUUACGGAGGAAGAGAAGGCCGUGCCAGGACAUAAGCCGAUGAAGGACAAGCUGACUCUGCUGCUCUGCGGUAAUGCUAGUGGGGAUUGUAAAAUAAAGCCGUUGCUGGUGUACCACUCCGAAAAUCCACGCGCGUUCAAAAAGAACAGCGUCAUAAAGAGCAGGCUCAGUGUUAUGUGGAGGGCAAACACGAAAGCGUGGGUAACCAGGCGGUUCUUCACGGAGUGGCUUCGUGAGGAGUUUGCGCCAUCAGUGAAGGCUUAUCUCGCCCAGAAGAACCUGCCACUGAAGGCUCUGCUGGUGAUGGACAGCACUCCAGCGCAUCCGCCAGUCUUGGCGGAGGAAUUGAUGGGGGAAGCCAGCCUCAUCGAGGUGCUGUUCUUGCCCUCCAGCAUCACCUCUCUCAUCCAGCCCAUGGGCCAGCAGGUCAUCCCGAAUUUCAAGAAGCAGUACACCAAGGCUAUGUUUCAGAGGUGCUUGGAGGGGACCAAGGAGACAGAGCUGACCCUCCGAGACUUUUGGAAGGACCGUUACAAUAUCCUGCAGUGCAUCAGCGUCAUCGAUAAAGCUUGGAGGGAACUUUCUCCCAGGACAAUGAACUCUGCUUGGGAGAAACUCUGGCCAGGUUGUGUUUCAGCCAGAGCUGAAGGUUUUGAACCAGCGUCUGUGAUGAAGGAAAUUGUGUGUCUGGGCACGACCUUGGGGUUGGAGGUGAGUGAGGAGGAUGUGGAGGAGUUACUGGUCGAUCGCAGAACUGAAUUGACCUUAGAAGAGCUGCAGCACCUGCACAAACAGCAGCAAGAAGUGGUUGUGGCAGAGGAAAUUUCUCUGGGGGAGGAAGAGCGAGCCAAGAGGAACAUCCCCCAUGCUGAAAUUAAGGCGCUUUGCUCUGCCUGGGCUAGAACACAGGCCAUUGUUGAAAAGUGGCACCCGGACACGGCCGUGGUCAAGAGGAGCAUUACUCUGCUCAACGACAACGUGAUGUCCUACUUUAGGGCCACGCGGAAAAGCCGCCAACACCAGGCUAGGUCGGGACGGUCCUCAGAAAAGAGGCAAAGUGAACCAAAAUCGUCAACCAGUCACGCUAAGAGGCAGAAGAGAGAGAGAAUGCCGGAAGACCUCACCACUCCUCACGAAAACAAAUCCGGACAGUAAAUGCAACAUUCAUUUCAUUACACAGUACUGUACAUUUAUCAGUUGUGUUCAGGCUGUAAUAAAUUUGGCCUUCCA